AUGGCAGAGAACAGAGAACAGCCAAAGCAGCACAAGAGCAGCAAAGCCAUGGAAGAGAGCAUCACCGAAGGAGGGGCAGGAACGGAGUUGAGUGAAGUGCUGGUGAUGACCUUUGUGAUGGAAGCAGUGCUGGGUUGGAUGCUCAGCUUGUUGAAAAGGAUGUCAAGAUUUUUUAUCCUGGAGAUGGGGGACAGCUUUGCUUAUCCUUCAGUGUUUGUUGUGGACGGACGGUCAGACACUGUCCCUUUUGCUACCUCGAAUAAGAGGAAAAAACUGACUUUAACACACAAGUUCCUUGGGAUGCUGGUGCUGUUGGCUCUGGUUGGAGAUGGGCUUGGAGCCUUCUAUCUGUGGAAAUUGCGUUUUGAUGUUCAGGAAUUCAACUCCAUGUUUCUAACUGUUAAGAAUUCUUCCCUUAAUGCCAGAAGAAUCCAAGAUUUAAUCCUCCAAGAUUCAACCAGGCCUGCAGCUCAUGUUACUGGAUGUAAUUGUAGUGCUUCUAGGCAUGAUCGACUGCACUGGGAGUUCAACAGAGGAAAUGCUUUCUUGCGUGGAAUUGACUAUAAAGAAGGAGCUUUGGUGAUUAAAAAAUCUGGACAUUACUUCAUUUAUUCUAAGAUCCUUCUGGGAGAAAUAAGUUGUGCCUAUCGGGACUAA